CGCGGUGGUUUGAGCCGUGAAGAAGAGAAAUUUGAUGGGGACUUACAAAAACCAGGCCAAGGUUGUCGUCGUCGGAGGUGGAAUCGCCGGCUCUUUCGUCGCCAAAUCUCUCCAAUUAACCGCUGAAGUCACUCUCAUUGAUUCGAAGGAGUAUUUUGAGAUCUCAUGGGCAAGUCUGAGGGCAAUGGUGGAACCACCAUUUGCAGAGCGAACACUGAUUUACCACAGGGAUUACUUAACCAAUGGCCUUGUUAUAACAUCCAGGGCCAUAAACAUAACUGAUACCGAGGUAUUAACAGCAGAAGGGCGCCUUGUUCCAUAUGAUUAUCUUGUCAUUGCCACGGGCAAUGCUGAUCCUCUUCCACAUGCUAGAAACGACAGGCUUAAACAAUUUGAACGAGAUAAUGAGAAGAUAAAAGAAGCUAGUUCGAUCUUGAUAAUUGGUGGAGGCCCGACUGGGGUGGAACUUGCUGGGGAGAUUACAGUUGAUUAUCCUGAUAAGGCGGUUACUUUGGUGCACAGGGGAUCCAGGUUGUUGGAGUUCAUUGGGCCGAAAGCUUCUCAAAAGGCUUUAAAGUGGUUGGAGGGCAAAGGGGUUGAAGUGAAGUUGGGGCAAUCUAUUGACAUGAGUUCUGGUUCAGAAGAGAGCAACAAAUAUGUAACUUCAAAAGGAGAAACUGUCAAAGCCGACUGUUUUUUCUUAUGCUUUGGAAAACCUGUAGGGUCGGAAUGGCUAAAGGAGACGAUCCUGAAGAAUAGUCUGGAUAGCUCUGGAAGAUUGAAAGUUGAUGAAAAUUGUAGAGUCGUUGGAAAGAGAAAUAUUUUUGCUGUUGGAGAUAUUACUGACAUCAAGGAACUUAAGCAAGGAUAUUUGGCAAAAAAACAUGCGCUUGUGACAGUUAAGAAUCUGACAUUGUUGUUAAGUGGAGGAAAUGAAAGUAAAAUGGAGAAAUAUAAACCUGGUUCAGACUUGGCCAUCAUUUCUUUGGGGAGAAAAGAGGCAGUGGCUCAAUUUCCUUUAGCAACAUUGAUCGGAAUUGUGCCUGGAUUCAUCAAAUCCAAGGACUUGUUCGUGGGCAAGACAAGAAAGCAAUUGGGGUUGUCUCUUGCAUAAAGCCACAAGAUCAUUACAUUUUCAUCAUUUCAUACAAGUUUUAUCGGUUACAGUAUGUAUUCCCUCCCUAUGAUUUGUUAAUUUGAUAUUCCAACUGCAAAUUUGUGCUGUAAUGUGUACUACUCUCUUCUGAUUGAUUCCCAUAAACAAUCAUAUUAUGAAACUA